UGACUGCCCGACUGCCCGGCGGGACCGGGAGGGAGACAGACAGUGACCUGGUGUCCGGGACAGACACAGAGACACAGACAGAGUCGGUGAUUCACUCCGGGAUUUACCGGCGCCCGAUUGCAAGUUUCCAAAAAAACAUUCUCCGGGAAUCCACAGCAGGGAAGGGCCGAGUGGCCGCUCAGUGACUCCAGACGGUGCGGGGGAUGGGCUUCAGCGAGGACCUGUGGUGCCCGCAGAGCCAUGCGGUGCUGCUGCGGCUGCAGGACUCGGAGCUGCGGCUGCUGGACGUGAUGAAGAAGUGGAUGAGCAGCCGUGUGCGCAGUGACCGGGAGUACGGCGGGCUGCUGCACCAGAUGUUCACCCAGGCCGAGCGGCAGGAGGGCCUGGCCACGGGGGGAGAGUACCUCAGCCAGCUGGGCAAGUCCUGGGCCACGGUGGCGGGGCAGACGGAGGCGUUGAGCCGGUUGAUGCGCCGGCACGCGGACGACCUGAGCUCGGGGCCCAUCAACAAGCUGACCUUGCUCAUCCGCGACAAGCAGCUGCUGAAGAAGACCUACAGCGAGCAGUGGCAACAAGUCCAUCAGGAGCUGCUGAAGAACACGCAGAAUGAAAUCGAGAAGUUGAAGUCCCAAUAUCGACAGCAGGCCAAGGAAGUGGGCACAGCAAAGAAACGAUAUCAUGAGGCCAGCAAAGACAAGGAGCGGGACAAAAUGAAGGACAAGUACGUGAAGGCCACCAUGAAGAUGCACCUCCUGCACAACCAGUACGUGCUGGCGGUACGUGCCGCUGAGGUUCACCACCAGCAGUACUACACGUUGGAGCUGCCGGGCCUGCUCGACGCCCUGCAGGAGCUGCACCAGGAGAUGGUUCACAUCCUCAAGGACAUCCUGCAGGAGUACCAGGAGCUGACCAGCCUGGUGCAGGAGGAGGUGGUGACCGUUCACCGGGAGAUCAGCAACGCCAUCGAGGCCAUCGACCCCCUCACUGAGUAUAGCAGCUUUGUCCAGCAGAACAGGUCGAUGACGGAGGUGCCCCCGGUUGUGACCUUUGACCCCAGUCUCCUGGAGGAGCUCGACGAGCUGCAGGCGGGAGAGCUGCAGGUGAACGACCUGACCAUCGAGUCUGUGCAGCACAGCCUCACGUCCAUCGAGGAGGAGCUGCAGGCCAUGACGGACACUCUGGACAGUCGGCAGGCCACCAGCCGCCAGAUCUCCACCGAGAUCGCCACAGAGGAGCAGUCCGCCGGCUUCCGGUUGCGGGUCAGGGUCACGGCCGAGCGGGGUCAGAGGGUGUCAGUCGAAGCCAAGGUCGGAUUAGGGCAGGGUCACUCCUGGGUAGCGGUCAUUGUGGGGUCUGGGUUGACCCGGGGCGUGGGGAGGCAGUGGCCGGAGCCGCUGACCGCUCACUCCGACGCGGCAUUCGCCGCCCAGACCCUCUCGGCUGCCGGGGUGACCGCGGGACUGACCGGAACCGUUCACUGCAAGCGGCCGCAGAGUGACCGGCCAUGGGUGUCCAGUCAAUGGCCAAUGCUGGUGCCUGAGGUUGUGGGUGUGGCGGGUGUGUGUUGCAGGAUCCUGAAGCAGUACGAGCACCCCAACAUUGUGCGACUGAUCGGUGUCUGCACCCAGAAACAACCCAUCUACAUCGUCAUGGAGCUGGUGCAGGGAGGGGACUUUGUGUCGUUUCUACGCCACGAGGACAACCGACUGGUCACCAAGGACCUGAUAAAGAUGGCGGAGCAUGCGGCGGCUGGCAUGGGUUACCUGGAGAGCAAGCAUUGUAUCCACAGGGACCUGGCGGCGAGGAACUGCCUGGUGUCGGAGAAGAACGUCCUGAAGAUCAGCGACUUUGGGAUGUCGCGGGAGGAGGAGGACGGGGUCUACUCGUCCACGGGUGGGAUGAAGCAGAUCCCCAUCAAGUGGACCGCACCCGAGGCCCUCAAUUACGGGCGCUUCACCACGGAGAGCGACGUGUGGAGCUACGGCGUGCUGCUGUGGGAGACGUUCACCCUGGGCUCCACCCCAUAUCCCAACAUGACCAACCAGCAAACACGGGAGGAGGUCGAGCAAGGAUACCGCAUGAACUGUCCGGACUCGUGCCCGGAUGAGAUCUACAGCAUCAUGUGCCGCUGCUGGCAUUACGACCCAAAGAAGCGGCCCAGCUUCAGCGCCAUCCACCACGAGCUGGUCGGCAUCAGGAAGAAGUGGAAGUAAAGCCCGCAGACAGGCUGUGGGCAAAUAGCUGCCCCCUCGUCCUGUGUGUGUGUGUGUCAGGUUGGGUGUGUGUAUGUACGUGUGUGUAUGAGUGUGUGUCAGGUUGUGU